CAUGUGGAAGUUAUAUUUUGUCAUUUUAAAAAUACAUGUAAAAUAAAUACUUUAUUAAAUUAAAAUUUUCAAGUGCUCGUGAACCGACCCCAGCUGAGUGUGAGUGAGGAGGACCCAUAAAGUACUAUUUUUUUUGUGCUUUUGUGAGAUCAAUAAAUGUUUCUUCUUCCUAUUGUUAUUGAAACAAGACUCGUAAUACAUUUUAAUCGUACUUAUGUACCCAAAACUAUGUUGUAACUGUUUUAUAAAAAUCCUGUAAACCGUUUCUCGGAGGACGCGACAUCAUUUGUGGGGUUAAACAAAGUGUUUUUUAUUUUCAAAUACACAAAUAAAUAUACGCAUUAAAAAUAUUUACACUUUGAAUGUUUCCCACACUUUCUGUCCCAAUUUACCACCAAAUGACGUCUCGCGUCUCUGAUUGGUAUUUCGUUUGUCUUGAAUAAUUGAAAAAUUGUAAUAUUGUUUGUCAAUCUAAAACAGAGGUUCCCAAACAACUUUGUCUCGUAGACCAUUUUAAAAAAUUUACGGCUUCGGUGGACUGCAUUUUUUUUACAUUUUUAACAUAUUCCCAAAAUUCGUCCAAAAUGUGAAGAUCUAACGAUGGAAAUUGUUUUUAUUUCACGCCAACGUAUACCCCCGUUGAAUCUCUCGUGGACCCCUGGGUGUCCACCUGGACCACUUAGGGAAUCACUGAUCUAAAAUAUAUAUAAAUAUUUUUUAUUCACACAAAUUCUAUAUAAAUACAAUAUUAAAUGUUUAUGAACUUUUAUCAAACACAAUUUAAUUUAUUAUUGCUCUCCAAUCGCCUCUUUAGCAUCUAUCUGUAAGAAUUAAGAUUUAUGAACCUUACCACUUACUUGUUAAAAUUUUUUUUUUAGGAUCAUAGAGGCAACCAACUGUACUUAGGUAUCAACCACAGUGGCAUCUUGACUUUCCAAGGCAGCAGGAAAACGCACCACUUCAAAUGGUCGGAAGUGCACAAAAUAAAUUUCGAAGGGCGCAUGUUUAUAGUUCAUCUCAACUAUCCAGAGAAGAAGCACACGGUAGGCUUCAAGUGUCCGAGUGGUGCGUCGUGCCGUCACGUGUGGUGUUGCGCUAUAGAACAGAUGUUAUUCUUUACGUUACCAUCGUCGUCGGACGCGUGCGUGUAUUCUGGCGGCGGUCUAUUCUCAUGGGGAACCAAGUUCAAGUACGUGGGGCGCACCGAACGUGAAAUCCUCGAGAGAGACGGAUUACUAACGCCAAGAGACCAUCAGGAGGAAGGAUCUAGCACAGGGGGUAAACGGAAAGCUUCUAGCGUACCCGCGACGCCAUCCACACCUAUGACGGGGGAUUUCGGGUACAGCAGCCUGCCGCGGUCCACGCACAGCGCGCCGCUGGAGGAGAGCGGCGCGGGCGAGGCGUGCAACGGCGGCUGCCUGCUGUCCGGGCCCGCCGUAGACAUCGCGCUCGCCUGCUGCCCCGACCACCACCACCCGCCAGUAGACAGAGCGUGCCCUACUACGGAUUACGGGCUGCGCGACUCGUUCGAGCACUCGUCUUCAGAGUCGGGCGUGACGCACGUAAGUCAUACGCCGGUGUCUGCGGGGGCGGGGGCAGGGGCGGGCGCGGGCGUGGGGGGUGAGGAGUGGGGGCGGGUGUCGACGGGGCCACCGCCCGCCGCCCCCAGGCCGUUCAGUCUCGUGCGCGCUUUCGUUCCCUCCUUCCUGUUCGUGUGGGCGUCACUGGCUGUAGCCGCGCUCCUCCUCUUCGAGACUGACUGGCCGCCUCUCCGCGAUCUCAAACGACGCCCCGAGAUAGUCGCCCUCCGACGUCAUUACUACACCCCCCUGAAGGAGUACCUCCGGCGGAAAGUAGUGGAGCUGUUUUGAUUUCCAUCGGCCCCGGCGGGGACGCUCGCUCGACUCCAUUCGGCUCGACCUGUCGACUUAAUACGCUUCUUUUAUAGUACAACUAUUCUUAAGAUUAGGCUCCUUAGACUGGGCGUAUCCGAACCUCGAGACUGCAUCGUUUCGCGUCGCAUCUGACUCGUUUUCACCUGUACGUUUGUGAUCAUCACUUUAGUUUCACCGCCUAGAUUUUGUAUGCGCAAAAUAAAACGGACGAGUAUACUUAAUAUUUACACUUUGUUAACUCUACUUAAAUGUUUAUUUGUUUACAUGUUUCUAUUCUAAUGGGCGUUUCGUCGUAUAGUAGGUAUUAAUUUUGUCGCUUAUUACUUAAGGAGCAUCGACUUAUCGGAAUGCUUAACUAUUAUUUUAUAAUAUCCAUGCACCUCUUAAGUACUUAACAAAAUAAUGUACAUAAUUUAUUAUUUAUAAUAAUAUCGGUUUAUAUGCUGUAUUUCAUUAGAUCAGUAUCGUGUAAGGAACAAAUUUGGCACCAAGAAUGGGUUAUUGUCAGUUGUCAACUGUAGUGUUAAUUAAUUUAUCGCUGUAUAAUUGAAGUGUAAAAUACGUGACACAUUUCGAGUCAUCACUAUUUAUAUAUUUGUAAGGCGUUACAUUUUUUGUUAUAUAAUGAAUGUCGAAAUCAAGGACAAUUUUGAACGUGUCAAUUGUACGUGAUCAUAAUUUAAUAUUAAUUUACGUACUUAAAAAGAAUCUCUAAUAAAUUGGAUGUGAGAAUCUCUGUUGCAUCUCUACCACAAUAACGACUCUAGACAGGAGUUUAAAAUAUUUUAUUACUCUUUUUAUGACUUUAAAUAAAUUAUGUUAUCUCUUUUUAAUAUUACUCUUAAAUUCUACCAAGAUGUCCCUUAGUGAACUCGUAAUCGGUUCAUGACUUUCUUAAUUAGUUGUAACUACAAUAUUGUUAUGUUCCGUGGUAGAGGCACUAUAUUUAUUUUAACACAUUUUAAGUUUUAAAUAUUAGAAUGUUUUCUAGAGAAAUAAUUUCUUUUAACAUUCCAAUCUGCAUUUAGUCUUCCAAAUAACUUUUUUUUUUCUAUUAAUAUUAGAAGUGAACAUUCUUUUGUAUAAACUGCCACUUAAAAAAUACUUAUUCAAUAUGUUUCUGAAUAAAUUCUAUCUUGCGAUACACAAAGUUUCUAAAUAAAUAUUAGUUAAUAUCACACACAUGCUAAUUUCGUCGUGCUCUUGUUAGUUUUUCUAAUUUUAAAUAUGAACGAUCAUCUUAGUAACCCUGUGUUGAUAAGCCUGUCGUCUUACUGAACCCCGGAUUGAUGUGUCAUGAGCCUUGAAUGAUCUGUUAGGCUGUCAGAUCAACUGUCAGCGAUAGUCGAGAAAGUCCUGUCAAAGUUUGUUUACUGCGAGAUUUAAUUUAAAUCAUUUUAUUAAAAAUAUUGAACAUGCCCAAUAAACACUAACCUCUGAUUUAGCUCUGCUUUGAUCCCGCUUUAUAAAAAACACAAAUUUUCGCUUAACGCCGUUUUAAAAUUGACCGGUAAUUCAUAAUUGCUAUAAUUAAUCUCAGCUACCCCAAAAUAAGCAUCGAAAUUGUAUAUUUGAAAAGAAACGCGCGUUAUAUGCAACAAAGUAUGAGUUUAGACAUUUUGAAGAUCUCCCACUACUCUAGCGCUUCUAGUGGCAAAUUCGAUAGCCUUCAUUGGUAUGGUGAUAGUUGAUCUGUCAGCCGGACAUAAUAUUCAGGGCUCAAUCUUGACGCGUUAUGCGGUAGAGCUGCUACUCUAAAACAUCCUUGUUGACUGUAUGAAAUGAGGUUUUUCGUAUAAUCGUCCUCCUUUUUCAUACAAGUCUGGAUCUGAUUUAGGAAUAAAGUUGAUAUAAUCUUCUUAACAUUAGUGUAUCCAUAUGUAGAGUGAAUUCUAAAAGGUUUUUGUUUUGUAAAAUAUCGAUAUAUAUAUAUAAUGCCUGUGAUGUGAUUUAAUUUAUUAUUAAAGCAAUAAAUUUCAUAAGUGAAAUAACUAGGUUAUAAUGAGUUUUGCUCGUAAUGAUACAAAAGAAAGUUCACUAUAAUAUUGGUAUUUAUUUAUAACUUUGAAUGACACAAGCGAGUGCACAAACGCUUACCGGCACAAAGUGACGUAGGUUAAAUUAGGUUUAGGUAAAAAUUUGAUGUGCCAUAACCAGGUUUCGGUUCUAGAAUAUAAACUAAUUUAUUUUGUUGCCAUUACUAGUCUUGAAAACGUUUAAAUGAAUUUAACUUUUAAUCGUGUGAAUGCAUUUAAAAGAAAACUACGGAAAUCUAUUUUAUAUUUAUUUAUAUGUUCUGUUUUUAAACAAAUCUAUUUUAUAGUUAUUUAUAUGUUCUGUUUUUUAUUUGUCUUUUACAUUUAUUUUUUUAUUAAUUUUGUAAAAUAUUUUAAUUAAAAGUUCAUUAUUAUUGUUUUAAACUUUUUUCUACAAUCAUCUUUCCAUAUACGCAAUCUAUUGUACAUGUGUCUUUAGAAAUAAUAAAACUUGUACGUUUUUAAAACUCGGGAACACAAAAAAGAUAUGCAGUCGUCCAAAUGAUAUAGCGGUAGAAGAGUAAGUUUAUCAGUAUAAUAUUGUACUACCACAACCUAAAUUGUUCUUACAGUCGGCCAAUGUACGUGAGCCCAAACUGCCAUAUAAAUUGCUUGAGACAUUACCGAUGGAGUGACACAUUUUAUCAAGCGUGUAUGUAUUUAAUUAAUUUAGUAUUGUUACAAGAAUGGUUAUUAAAUUCGUACUAUAUUGCAGUAAAUGACCUUAUAUAUACUUUCAUCAUGCUUAAAUCCUAUAAGCGUAUGUUAACUUUAACAUUUGACCAAUGUGUUGAUUGUUUGAAGUUCAUUUAUUUAUUUAAAGUUACAUUUAUUUUCACAAUUGUAUGUACAUUGGGAUGUUCGACAACAGUUAUUUAAGAUACGAGUGCGGAAAGUAAGGUUUUACGAAUAAGGGCCAAAUUGAUUCAUUGGCACGAAUUCGAAAAACCUUUUACGCUCAAGUUUCUUACAACAUUUUUCAACGCUUUUUGCGAGGAAAUAAAACAAAUAUAUAUCGGGUUGGCACAAAAGUAAUGAGACACUUGGUUUAAGUUUUUACUUUUUUAUUAUUAUUACAAUAAAAAAAGUUUAGUCAAUGAUGUAAUUACCAUUAGUAUCUAAGACUUCUUGCCAACGAUCCGGCAAAGUUUGGAUGCCUUUUGCCCAGAACUCUGAUGGCUGUGCCUCGAAAAAGUUGUUCAACUCCGCCUCUACGUCAGAGAAAUCAUUAAAUUGUUUACCCCGCAAAUGCUGUUUCAGGGCUCUAAACAAAUGAUAGUCUGAUGGGGCGAGGUCUGGGGAAUAAGGUGGGUGGGGUAUCGUCUCCCAGCCCAAGUUCUCCAACUGCCGGCGAACCACAGAUGCGACGUGAGGUCGAGCGUUAUCGUGCAGUAAAACUACAUUGACUCGUCUUCGUCGUUUUUUCUUGAUAGCGGCAGAUAAUUUGGUAAGCUGGGUUGAAUAUUUGUCAGCGUUUAUAGUUUCAUUGUGUAAUAGCUCAUAAAACAGUAUGCUUUGCGCAUCCCAGAAACAGCAAAGCAGAAUUUUUCGGCGGUUUUUGACUCGGCUUCGGUUGAGUUGGUGGCGUUUCUUCUCGAGGCAGCCAAAAAGCACGACGUGUAUCGUUCUCGUAAUAAAUCCAUGAUUCAUUUCCAGUAACCAGAUCUGACAAAAACUCUUUACGUCGGGGUCGCAGCAAAAGUGACUGACAGAUAGCGACACGGACUGCACGACUGGCGUCUGUAAGGAUGUGCGGUACCCACCGAGCCAAAACUUUUCGAUAACCAAGCUCAUGCAGAUGGUGUUCCACGGCGUGGUGACUGCAUUUAAGUGCUUCCGCUAAUUCACGAGUGGUAGCAUCCGGAUUCAACUGCAGUCCGCGGCGCAAAUCGUCAUCUUUCACUGCGGGUGGUCGCCCUGAGCGUGGCUGACUUUCAAGGCUCCUGUCUCCUGAUUUAAAACGGUCAAACCAUUGGGACACCGUCGCAUGGCUUGUACUUCCAGCGCCUAAUGCAUUGUUGAUAUUGUCAGCCGCAGCCCGCGCACUGUGGCCUAACAAGUACUCGUAUAAGUAUAGUGUUCGAACUUGUUGCUCGUCCAUUUUUCUUCAAACUGACUAAACAAAUCGCGAGCGCGGCUUUAUAUACCCUACACCAGAAGUACCUAGAAUGUUCUACAACAUUCUAGAAUAUUAUCG